CAGUUACAGCACUCCACAACUGAUGUGCUGCUGUUUCUUCCCCUUUUUUUCUUCCUUUUGCUCCCCUCAAAACUUUUCUCUUCUCUCCCCUACACAGCCUCCAUUCAACCUCGUCCUCCCCUCCACUCUCUGGCCUGCACUUUUCCUCAGGCGGAUAUAAAGGCAGGUCCUGUUGCAGGGAGAAGGCUUGUGUAAUCUCUGGCAGCACAUGAGCAGCCAGAGAGUCCCAGCCGAAGAGCCAGCGCAGUGGAACCUCACACUUGAAAGGAGGAACUUUGCGGGAAACGGAGAGGAAUACCUGAAACGCAUGAUGUCCUGCAGGAGUUUUGCACUGAAAAUGCCAGCUGCUGUGGUGCUACUGCUGCUGUCCCUGCUGGCCCUUUCCACGGGAAGUGAUGCCAGAAGACUCAGGAAAAGAGCACUUACUCACAAGGACUACGAGUAUCCCAACCACCCUCAGUCCACCCAGCACCAGAAGAAUGACCGCUGCCCUCCUCCUCCACAAAUGCUGCCGGAGAGGGCCUGUGAGGUGCCGGGCUGCCGAUCCGAUUCAGAGUGUGAACGCCACAAGCGGUGCUGCUACAACGGCUGCAUCUACGCCUGUCUGGAGUCUGUUCAACCCCCGCCAGUGCUGGACUGGCUGGUGCAGCCAAAACCUCGGUGGUUAGGAGGCAACGGCUGGCUGCUAGAUGGACCGGAGGAGGUUCUGCAGGCUGAGGCCUGCAGCACAACAGAGGACGGAGACGAGCCUCUCCACUGUCCAACAGGCUACGAGUGCCACAUCAUCAACCCAGGAAAUCCUGCACUUGGCAUCCCAAACCGUGGACAGUGCAUCAAGCAGCGUGUAAACUCCGAUGGGCGAGGGCUUCGGCACAAAUACUUCAAAGACUACAAGGACUACUUAGGUAAGUGAGGUGUCGGAACAAGCAACACUGUUGGCUACAAGAAACACCACCAAAAGCAGCUGGGAUUAAGCGCACACUAAAACUUUGACUUCAGACAAGCCCCAUGUUUUCAAACCCCUGACUUCAAUCCAAGCCUGGUCCAGCUGCCUCGACUGAUCGUGGGUCGGACACCUGACACAGAAAGCUUCUACCUCCUUUUCUCCACCUUCAUCAAAAGAACACUGCCAAAGGAAAACCAUUCAAGAAAGAAAACCAUAAACACCAAAGCUCUCAACCAAAUAGUGUCUCCCCAGUUCUGAAUAACUUUACUGAACCAGAAUAGUUAUGACGCCGUUAUUAACCUUUUUUUUUUUUUAAUGGCUUAGCUCAAAUUCAAGGAAGAGAUGGGUCUGCAGUAAAAACCAUGUGGUGCUCAAUUUCUAUCUUAUGUAAAGGUCAAAUUUCUUUCUCACACUGUGUUCCAUGGACAAAUGGGUCAUAGAGAGUGAGAGCAUACCUGCCUCAGUUUACUGAACCAGCUGAGAAUCCAAAUGUCAUUGGAGUCUUGGUUCGCUUUGAAAAAGAAGAGUGUUGUUCUGUAAAUCUUGCAGGCUGAAAUGUAACAACAGAUGACAGCGUUCUGUUGUUUCUAUACUAAAACAUCACACUAACAUUGUGAGGCAUUUUAAUGAACGUCAGAUCGAAACCAUCUAAAAGGAGUUGAGUCAACGUUCUCAUCUGUCGGAUAUGUUGCUGCCUUUGUGUACAGAACAAUAAGCUGGCCUCACUACUGAGACUGACUCUUCAGUGUACAGGACUGAAGUGACAAGCUCUCACUGCAACUGUCUGUUUC